AUGGAUACAGAGUCCGAAGUGCGUACACGUAUUCCGCGGGGCACCGUCACCCUGGACUUUGGCCUGCUCCUGCGCAACCUACUGCUGAAGAGCGCCCAAUUAUCCUCGGCCAAGGCCAAUUUGGCAAAGACCACGCGGCGGCCGCCACCGGCGAUGACUACUACGACUCCAGCACCGCCGCCGCCGCCACCAAACCCACGUCGUCGUCGACCCAUCUGGCAUCCGUACUUCGCUUCCGGCUAUCUGCCCUUUGACUAUGACUAUGCUGAUCCUGCCGUGCCACCGCCGCCAGCUCCGCCGCCGCCCGCUCCGCAGCCACCGAGACGCAUGCGUCCACAGCCACGUCCUGUGGGUCUAUACAAUGCCCCACGGCCAGCGGCUCGUCCGCCGCCGCCGCCGCCAGCGCCACCAGCUCCUCCAGUGCCACCUAGCUAUGAUUACGACUACGACUAUGAUGCUCCGGCGGCGCCAGCUCCUCCGCCGCCGCCGCCUCCACCACCAGCUGCCGCUCCGCGUCCAAGACCACGUCCCCAGCAGCCACAGCAGCCUGAUCCCCGGCAGCGCCGUCCAGCGCAGCUGGGAGAUCGCCUGGUCUAUCAGUACGCACAAUCUACUGAUACCUUCUCUAGGCCACUGGCUCUAGGAGGCGGGGUAGCAGCGCUGGCGGGACUGCCGGAGGAGCAGCAGCAGCAGGAGGUGGACUUGGCGGCGGCGCAGGUGGCAGGAGCCACGGCUACGGAUGCUGGUGCGGAUGCAGAUGCAGGUGCAGGUGCUACUGCUGAUGGCAACGCUGAUGCUCAGCCCGAACGAUCUCCACCGCGAUUUUUGGUCAACUACGAGAGUGACGAUGACUUCUUCGCCGGAGGAACUGGACCGGGUUCCUCAGCCAAAGACGGGUCACUGCCCCCCAGCCAGCAAGCGAGCUCGAUUUCCGGAUCCGCCAGCGGCUACGGCUUUCCUCCGACUCUUGACUUCGGCGGCCUUAAUCGCUUCCCGACCCCCAGCCAUCAGCAGCAGCAGCAGCAGUACUUCUUUAAGUAA